ACAAGAAAAAGCCUCAAUUCAAAAUUCCCGUCAAGUCUGUACGUUCUUCUUCAGAGAAGAAAAACCCUGUGAAAACCCCUCCACACCACGAGAGCUCUCUCUCUCUGAGGAUGAAUGGGUCAGGGGCAACAGAAAUGGGGGAUGAAUUUCCUGAGUUUACACUGUCUGAGAUUGUUAAAAUGGAGAAAUUAUUUAAACAAGAAGGAGUAGAUCGUUCGAGUCGAGACUUCUGUCAAGAGGUUGCUGCCAGAUUUAGUGGCUCUAGAUAUCGAAGGGGACAAUCUUGUAUAAAAUGGGAACAGGUUCAAAGUUGGUUCCAAGAUAAACAAGGACGACUCACAGCUGAGCCCACCACUUCACUGAUUGUACCUGGCGAAUUUCAUCCUUCCUUAGAGUUGGCCAUAGUGAGCACUACACCUGAAACUCCUCUAAAAUCUAAAGCUGAAAGGAUUGCAAGUCUCUCGGAAUUGAUGUUUGAAGGUAGAUCGUCGAGGGAUGGUGCUUGGUAUGACGUUGCAGCAUUCCUCAGCUACAGAGUUCUUUGUUCUGGCGAACUUGAAGUUCGUGUUCGAUUUGCUGGAUUUAGUAACCUGCAUGAUGAAUGGGUCAAUGUAAAAAGAGGAUUACGUGAACGUUCUAUUCCUUUAGAAGCUUCAGAAUGUGAUCGUGUCAAUGUUGGAGACUUGGUGCUAUGCUUCAGGGAAACUGAUGAUCAUGCAAUAUACUGCGAUGCACACAUUGUGGGAAUUCAGAGGCAAUUACAUGAUUUCACUAGCUGCAAGUGCAUCUUUUUGGUUCGUUAUGUCUGCGACAGAGCUGAGGAAACUGUUGACUUGACAAGAAUAUGCCGCAGACCAGCAUGAUGCAUUUUUCUUGCUUGUUAAAAUGAUGAACAGUAUUAAGUUGAGAACUCGAAAUUAAGCUUUUGUUAUCCGCCAAGUUGUAAAGGUACUUUGUUUCCAUGUUUAAAAUUAUGAAACAUUGAUUGCCUGUGGAUAAUCUGGGUAGUGGAGUCCAAACAUGGAUGCUCUUCCAAGUUGAAAUGAAAUGCUCAGCCAGUUUGGGAGGGAUGGGGAAGAACUAAAAUGCAGACAGAAAUUCAACUGUAUGAUACAUGCCCUGUUCAUUUAGCUGUUUACAGCAAAAUAAUGGCUGCCCAAUUUUCAAUGGCUCUUGGACCUAAUGAUUUGGUUUCCAAUGAACAAACAAAACAGAAGGGGA